UUUUGAUUAUGUUUUGCAAACAUCCUUUCAUUGUCCUCUUGGCCGUGUCCAACAUUUCCAUCCUUUCGUUCUCUUUUGUUUUUCUUUGUGGGUGGAUUUUGUGUUUUGGUUUGCUUUGCGGGAGGACUGCUUGAUCCUUUUGUCGCCCUGCUGCCGUUGUCCUUUCCCUAGUGUUUUUCCCUUUCAUUGCUCACUGGGAAUAUACAAAUAUACAAAUAUACAAUGGAAAUGGUGCUGUGCCCCUGGGAACGUUUGAUUGCAAGGUAAUUGCUUGAUUGGUUGUCACCAAAAAGUCGUUUCUUCUGAAAUCCCUAUGACUUGUCUUUGGCUGGUCGGCCCCUCGCACCUCUAAACUAUGUUUGGUGAACAGGUUCAUUCCUGCCCUCAGAAGGCCCGGGUCGGACAAGGACCUGGCCCAGAUUGCCCAGCUGUAUGAAUUGCAGAAAGAUUGUCAUCGGCUCGGUGAUCUUAACCUGGGUUUUGCUUUGGCCUCCGAAGUUUCCCUAUCGAAUAAUUUCUUUUGAUACUAUUCUGAAUUUUUGACCCCUCACCCAAGGGUGAACAUGUUUGUGUGCACUGUAUUGUUUUCCUUGGAUUGAGUCACCUGCAGUACACAUUCCUAUAUAAAUUGUAUGCUUACUACAGUUCACCAACUGUAGGAAUGACUCUCGGAAAUUGUAAAUGUAAAUGGUGUAUUUGACAGUUAAAUUGUAUGGUUAACGUGUAAAUUGCAGUAUUUUGUUAAAUUGGUUAAACUGUGGGUGCUGCGGAGACAAGACGAAGACCGCCGCAAGACGGAGCUGAAACUGGUUGCCCUGUUGGACUCGGUGAAUGCACCCCUGAAAGGAUGCGCACUGCUUUGCUCACUUCGGGCGAUGAAUCAGGCGAAGUCAUCCAGCUGAUGGCCUAUCUCAGGCAAGAGUUAAGCAGCAUUUUGCUACGCUUGUUGAAAGUGGAUUUGGAAGAAUGCCUGAUGCGAGAGUUAAAGACACUCUACUGCUCGCUGCUGACAGCCUGGCAUGCAGAGGCUGGACAGGUUGAAGCUCUAAAUGCACUUGCUGCUCACAUCAGGAAGCUUUGUGAAGCCUAAGGGUGAACAAAGUUUCAAUCAGCUCUAGCUACAAAGCUACUAGUGUUUCCCAUUACUUCGCCCUGCCUUUGUACAGAGGGCGCUGAAAACACAACGGGAGGCUGCUCAAUGGCUAGAAUGCAAGAGUGGAUUGGUCGAUUGGUUGUUGCAGUCAGCACAAUGUCCUGAUCCAACGAAUGUCCGAAGCUGCUUUUGCUCGAGUGUUGGCAAUCGUGGAGUACGCAGACUGCUUCCAGCAAUGCAGUCUCUAUCAGGGCGGGGCCUUCCCCUGUCAGAAGACUGUGAGGGAACCUGUCUCCAACUCUUUCCUAGGCUACCUUGACAGUUUUGUUGCCAAAGAGAAGGAGGAAGAAGAUGAGCCAGAUGAGGAGAGGUCUGUUGCCGAAGACAUGUCCUGGCUUCCUCGACUGUCGUGGCAGUAUAAGCAUCCAAUUCGCCGUUAUGACCAUUACUGUUUGAUCGCCAUAGCGCUGUUUUGGGCCUAGUCUGACUGGAAGAGAGACAUGAAUGAGCGCCUACCAAAACCUGUCCUUGUUCCAACGCACUAUCCGAAAAAACAGUGG